GCUAUGUGUUGGACAAACAGAGUCUUCAUCUUUGACGUAUCUGGUGGAUACAACUGGUUCCAUGUAUGAUGAUUUUCUUCAGCUGAAGCUUGUAAACAGUUGGCUUCUUGAUCGAGUAACUGCACGGUUCCCAUGUGGUGUGAGGCAAUAUACUAUGGUCGAGUUUAAUGACCCAACUGUUGGACCUGUGAAAGUAACAAACUCAAAAACAGAGUUUGGCCAUUUCUUCAAUAGUCUGGUAGCUUCAGGAGGUGGAGAUUGUCCAGAGUUGGCACUGGAAGGUCUUGAGCUGGCAUUGAAUAAUUCGCCCUCCAACUCUUUCAUUCUAGUUCUUACAGAUGCGUCUGCAAAAGAUUAUAAUGACAUUGCCUUGUUAAAUAACAUAAGAUCACUCAUCAAUACCACAAAGUCUCAGGUGUUCUUUUUGAUUACUGGACUGUGUAUGGGAUUGAGUGAUCCGCAGUUCCUGGUUUACAGGGAUAUUGCUUUACAGAGUUUUGGACAUGUUUUUCAAGUGGAUCUUUUUGAUUUGGGUAAAGUGUUUCAUUACUUGGACUUCACUCUUUCAAGACCUGCUAAUACCUCAACACGACUCUUUUCAGGGGAAUAUACAGUUGGUAAUCAUUCCGAUAGCUUCCCUGUAGCAGAUAACUUCACAUCAUUAUUAGUGACCACGGAUGGUGUGAUUUAUUCCCUGAAGAUUGUUGGUCCUCACAAUAUCGAUCUGGAAUUAAAGAAAAUUGUAUCUGAAAUUUGGGGUUCUAUGUAUCUUUUAAAAAAUCCUAUCAAAGGAAUUUGGACAAUGUAUAUUUAUGCUGGAGGUCCACAUUCUGUUCGAGUAGAAGGAUUUACAGCAAUCAACAUAUCUUCUACAGCAAAUUGCUCAGAAUGCGAUCCUAAUGCAACGUGCAAAGAAGAAAUGGGCUUUUUGGAAUGUUCCUGCAAAGAUGGAUUUAUAGGAGAUGGCUUCACCUGCACAGAUAUUGAUGAAUGUACCUACGCCUGGUCAAACAACUGCUCUUUUGACUGUAUAAAUACAUUUGGUUCAUAUGAAUGCUUGUGCCGAUCUGGAUACUCACAAAUAUCAGGAAAUACUUGUGUUGAUAUUGAUGAAUGUUCUACUUCUGAGCUCAAUAACUGUCACCCUUUAGCUUCAUGUCAAAAUUAUGAAGGUUCUUACUUAUGUUAUUGUCCCAGUGGCUACUUUGGUGAUGGGAUUUACUGUGAGGUUGAUGAAUGUUCAAAAGAUGUAUGUGGAUUUGGAGUUGACUGUAUUAAAUCUAAUGGGUCGUUCCAUUGUUCUGAUCCAUGUUCCAACUACACUAUACUUAAUGAUCCCUGGAGAAGUUCAGCCAAUAUCUACGUAUCUCUCUGGAAUUGUGACCAUUAUAUAAAUGGAUGGUAUCGCUUCAUUGGCAGUGGAGGAGUACGUAUGCCUGAAUACUGUGUACCUACAUUUAGCUGUGAUACAGCUGCACCAAUGUGGUUAAGUGGCUCACAUCCAUUACUUACUGAUGGCAUUGUCAACCGUACUGCUUGUGCCCACUGGAGUGACUCCUGUUGUUUAUGGUCAACAACUGUUCAGAUUAAAGCCUGCCCUGAAGGAUACCAUGUCUACAAGUUAAGCGGGACACCAACAUGCAGUUUAUCAUAUUGUACAGAUCCAGCCUCAGCCAAUGACUCACUCACCUGUGCAGCGGAUGAAGAAUGGAAAGUGAUUGAUGGUGAAUAUGGGUGUCACUGCAAAGACAAAUACAAAAUCUCUGGCGUUGAAGACUUACGCCCCGAGCUGGUUUGUGAAGCGCACAGUAUGAGAGCUAAAUUUCAUAAAUGUCAACUGAAAAGCCUAAAACUUGAUAUUAGGAAUAUACGGUUCAGGGGCAGCGAAUGCUUUGGAUUCCAGAAUGAUAACAUUACAAAUGAGUUUUCAGUCUUGUCACCACUUCAAGAUGGAAUAUGUGGAGUUCGAUUACGUAAAAAUGCAACCCAUGCCAUAUACGUAAAUACACUCGACUUUUCACUGGAUUAUGAAGACACCGUGAUUAGAGAGGAGCAACUGAGCAUAACACUAUCUUGUGCCUACCCGCUCAAUAUGAUGGUCAGUCUAGAAACAGCUGUGCGACCCAUUAUGAGCUCCACAAAUAUCAGCGUUGACGGCACUGGACAAUUCACAGCCCACAUUGCCCUUUACCAAGACAGCAGUUACCUUUCACCUUACGAGGGGUCAGAGGUUGUGUUAUCAUCUAAAUCUACACUCUACAUUGGGGUCAUUGUUGAUGGAGUGGAUUCUUCAGAGUAUACUGUAGUGAUGAAAAACUGUUACGCUACACCUACACAAAACGCUAAUGAUUCUAUCAAAUAUUAUAUUAUCAAAAACAGUUGCCCAAACAGACAAGACAAAACUAUCAAAGUAAUGGAAAAUGGAGUCUCAGAUAAAGGGCGAUUUUCUGUGCAGAUAUUUAAAUUUAUAGGAGAUUAUAAUCUCAUCUUCCUGCAUUGUGAGAUAAAGCUUUGUGAUCCCAGCGCCUCUGCCUGCACUCCGACCUGCUCUGGAAGCCGGGCAGCCAGUGAUUCUAAUGAACAAAGCUUUGUUUUGAAUGUGGGACCAGUAGUUCGGGGAGAUGUCAGUUUAUCCAGUGCUUCUGGCACACAUUACCCUUGGACCCUCUUUGCAUUUCCGCUUUUGUUUUUAACCACAAUUCUGUUUAAUAUCUGAGACUCAAAGGGCAUUAAAGGGGUUUGUUAUGAUAAUGACAAUGAAAUGAUGUAUUUUAUUUCUGCAUUUUCUAGCCCUAAUUCUGUGUGCUGAACAUAUAAUCUAUUUUGAACUAAAACAACUGUUACAUGAAUUAAUACAGUUUUAUA